UUGUCAGCUGAACGGGAUAGGGACCAAAAUCUUCGGAAUAGACGCGUCUCUGGAGCCGGUUCAAACGCAGAAGACGUGGAGGGCUACGACAUCAGAAAUCGCUCUUUGCCUGAGCAAUUUAGAGAUCUGGUAAGAGAACUUAGCGACUAUCUCUUGGAUAGCACAUUUUUGGACUGUAUCUUCGACGUGCAUCGUGAAGCAGCUAUACUUCACCGUCAUGGUCUGCAAAUUGAUAGUCCCCCUCCUACACCAAGCCAUGAGAGCUCGCCGCAAUCGAGUUCAGACACGCCACGAUCGCGACCACCGGAAUCAAAUACGCCGGUUCGUUCAUUGAAUCUCUUCGUAGAAAAGAUAGUCAUAACAUGGCAAACCAAAAGUUGUGGCAAUUUGACGCAUUUACCAACAUUGUUUCUUCGCUUUGUCCGCAGACUGGAACUUUACGACUCUUCUUUGUUUUUGUUUUGGAUGAAUAUCACUGCUAUUGUUGUAAAUGGGAUUAUCAUCUACUUAAUCACGGUAAAAUGUCGUGUUUGUGGGCGGAUGGUCGGGGCCAAAGUGUUCGAGAAGCACAUCAUUAACUGCAGGAAGUUAGAUGGUAGCCGCAGUAGUUCAAGAGCCGCAGCCAAGAAGAUAGCAGAGCAAGAACUUAUAUCUGAGAGCACUUUUAACGAUGAUGAUUUCAUUGUAAGUUUGGAACUUUAUAGUCCUUCCUUGCGGCUUUUACCUUGUAUCACUGCCUCAACGUACAGAGUGUGA